UCUCCAAGCUUUAACCGCUUCGCCGGGUGCCCGGCGAUUCCCAUGGCAGCCUUGCCGGAUGAUGGGGUUUUGGACCUGUUUCGUGCGCUGGACGGGCUCCACAAGGCGUACUGGCGCAGUUCCCACGAGCCGGUGGCCAGCCGCGCCGUCACCAAGCUCCGGCAGGCGCUCGCGGAGGUGGUCGGCCUGGCGGUGCUCAACGUGGUGCAGGAGAUGAAGAGCGGCCUCGCGGACCCAAGGGUCCAGGCAGUGGGCGUGACCUUUCUGCGCGCGGUGAGCGAGCAGAACGGCACGGCCAAGGAGAUCAUUCAGCGCGCAGGGGUGGUGGAGGUGCUGGUGCAGAGCAUGAACAAGCACGCGGGCACGGAGCACCUGCUGGCGGACGCCCUGUCGGUCUUGGACGAGCUCCACGGCCUGCCGGCGCUGCUGCAGGCGCUGGUGCACCUUCGCCACAGCGCGGCCGCCACCAGGGCGGCGCUGCAGACCUUUCGCACCAGCGCGCGAGCGCGCUGGCACGAGGUCGAGGCGGCCUCCGCAGCGGAGAUGGUGCGCUGCAUCCUUCUCUCGCUGCAGGCGCAUCCCCAGGACCUGCAGGUGCUGCUCAUCGGCGUGCAGGUGCUGGGGGAUCUGGCGGGGGACCUGCCACAGGCCCGGGUGGCCUUCUUCAACCUCGGGGGCUGGGAAUGGCUACUGCGGGGCCCACUGGACCUGGACCACUUGGAGAUGCAGCAGGAGGCGAUCCGGACCUUGGCACAACUCUGCCGCGGGGGCGCCGGGGAGUCGUACGCGGUGCCGGUGGGCCAAGCGCUGGAGCGAUCGCUGCAGAAGACCCAAAACGACGGGAAGGUGCUCUACUGGGGGCUUUGGGCUGUUCAGCAGCUCCACGGGGUGGGGUCCCUGCUGGCCACUCUGCGGAAGACCCAGCGGGUGGAGGUGGUGCGGUCCACGUUGCGGUCCCUUAGCGACAUCACCUGGGGCCAGGGCGACGGCGCGGGGGUGGAGGUCGUGGUGCAGGUGGUGGAGGGGCUGAUCGACACCAUGCGCAGCUGCCAGGAGCACAGCGAGGUGCUGAACGAUGCCGCCUUUGCCCUGAGCAAGGCGGCGGCCUUUGCCGGGGAGAACGAGGCGGUCCCGCAGCUCAAAGAGGCGGCGGUGCUUUCUGCGUCAGUGCUACUGGAGCUUUUGCAGGCCAAGAUCAGCGACGUCUUCAUCGUCCGCACCGUGCUCGACGCCUUGGGAGAGCUGCUCCAGAUCUCGGCUUCGGCUCUAAAAGCCAGGAUCUGCGAGGGCCUCUUCGCGGGAUCGCCGGAUUCGCCAGGCAGCGUGCUGGGCGCGGGGCUUCUGUCGAAGGUGAGCAUGGAGCACGAGUCCGUCUCGGGAAUCCAGGCCGGGGUCAUGUGGGUCGCUGGCUUGGCCCAUGGUCUUCCUGCCAUCGUUCGGGAAAUGAGCCUGCGCCAGACCUCUUUCAACGCCCAGAUCUCCGCGCUGCGUGCGAUUGCUGCCAUCUACCAGCAGGGCGAGCUGGCGACGAGCUCCGCCUGCAUGUCGGCUGUUCUUGGGUCGAUGUCCACCUUCCCCGAGAACUUGGUGCUGUGGAAGAAUGCCUGCUACACCUUGACUUCCAUGGUGGAGCAUGGCGUCGACCCGCACAUUCCAAAGGAACAGCUCCUGUCCUGUCUCCAAGCUGGUGCAAAGGCCUUGACCCAGGCGCAGAGUCAGGAGCAUGCCGGGUACUACAAGAGCGAGGGCUCAUACCUGCGGGAGGAAUCGAUCAAGCUGAUCGCUGCGGUGUGUAUCGCAUCUCCAGAUCUGAGCUGUUUGCUGCGGCCACAGGGCGAGGCGCUGGGCCAAGCAAUGGAGAUGGCGGUAAGCCGCCUGGAGAAUAGAGCGGACCAGACUGCUGAGGAGGUGGAGAUUCUCACCUACCACCUCAUGGCCUUGGUCUAUGUGGUUGGCCCAGAGUUCAUUUGCCGGUGCUUGCAGCAGUGGGGCUCCAAUGCUACGCUGGCCCGCGCCAGCGCGCAAGUGGUGACUGAGCUCAUGCGACGCAAAGCUCCCGUGGGUGAGGAUGUGCUGCGGGGCCCGGUGAGCACGGAGUUGGCCAAAGCCGCCGAGGCGCACAAAGAUGAUGCCGACGUGCAAUCGCGAGUGCAACUCGCGCUGGGCUUCAUGUACAAGUCUUGACGCUUCGGGAU